AUGAGACUCGGCGAGGCUGGCGAGGCUGGCGAGGCUGGCGAGGCGGCGGCGGCGGUUGGUGCGGCGGGCGAGGGUGCCGGCGUGGCUGGAGAGGCGGCGGAGGGGCCGCUUCAGCUGCUGGUGAGCCCCCCCGAGGUGCUGCGCGCUGCGUUCGGCUGGCGGAAGCUAAGCCACGCCGCGUCGGACAAGGGGGACGGGGUGUGGUCGCUGCUCCGCAAGGGGGUCGACCCGAGGUCCGAGGGCGAGCUGACAGAGUGGAGCCCGAACCUGUACUCGCCGAGCUUGCGGCGGCGCCUCGAAGCCGACUGCGGCCCAGUGUGCGCGGGGGCGGUGAGCGACAGCUCCAUCGCUUCGGAUGGGACGCAGAAGCUGCUGCUGAGGCUCGAGGACGGGCUCGCCGUCGAGUGCGUCCUGAUCCCGAUGGUCGGGGGCAAGACGACGUCGCUCUGCAUCUCGUCGCAGGUCGGCUGCUCGCGCGGCUGCACCUUCUGCUCGACGGGCACGAUGGGCCUGCUGCGCAACUUGCGCGCAGAGGAGAUCCUGGCGCAGGUCUGGCUCGCGCUGCGCACGAUUCGGCAGCGUCGCUUGCCGCCGCUCGUCAACGUCGUCUUUAUGGGGAUGGGCGAGCCGCUCAACAACCUGGACGAGGUGCGCCGGGCGGUCGAGCUGCUGGUGCACCCAAAGGCGUUUGCUCUCUCCGCCCGCUGCGUGUGCGUCUCGACGGUGGGCCCGUCGCCGGCGCACAUUCGGCGCGCUGCGGAGGCGCUGCCCUGCCGGCUUGCCUGGUCUGUGCACGCGGCGGACGACGCGCUGCGCAAGACGCUGGUGCCGACGACACGCCACUCGAUGGGCGAGCUGCGCGACGCCUUCCUCGCAUCGCUCGCCACCAAGCCCGCGAGGCUGCGCGGGCUGGUCGUCGAGCUCGCGCUGCUCGAAGGCGCGCACGCGGAGCAGCUGGCCGCGCUGUUGCACCCUUUUGGGCGGGGCAUGGUGCUGGCGAAUCUGAUCCCGUACAACUACAACGGCCUCGCUGUCCACGCGUUCCAACAACGCCUCUGGGAGCACAAGCUGCUCUGCACGAUCCGCGAGACCCGCGGCGACGACGAGCGGUCGGCGUGCGGCCAGCUGGCCACCAAGGCCGGGCAGUCGAAAGUCGUGCCGACCGACCAAGGCCGCAUGAAGAGAGCCUCGAGACACGAGAGCUGA